UGAAUCGCUCAAUCGCAGACGAUGGCCAACAAAAUAGAGGGGCUCAGCUUUGAGCAAAGGCAUGGGAAGCAAAGGGUUAGGGUGGUCAGGGUCCGGCGGAACAACGACGGACGCCAUUCCAUCGUCGAAUGGAACGUCGGCAUCAGCCUCCUCUCCGAUUGCGUCAAUGCCUAUACCCGCGGCGACAACUCUGAUAUCGUCGCUACCGAUACCAUGAAGAACACUGUAUAUGUAAAGGCAAAGGAAUGUAAAGAAGAACUUUCAGUGGAGGAAUUUGCAGUUCGACUUGCAAAACACUUCACAUCGCUUUACCAGCAGGUCACUACUGCCAUAGUAAAGAUUGUGGAGAAGCCAUGGGAGCGUGCAUAUGUAGAUGGUCAACCACACAAACAUGGUUUCAAAUUGGGAUCUGAGAAGCAUACAACAGAGGUAAUUUUUGAGAAAUCUGGUGCACUUUGGCUGACUUCUGGUAUUGAAGGACUAUCUCUGCUAAAGACAACACAGUCAGGUUUUGAGGGGUUUAUUAGGGACAAAUACACAUCUCUUCCUGACACACGAGAGAGGAUACUGGCUACAGAAAUCACUGCAUCAUGGAAGUACCAAUAUGAAUCUAUUUUUAGCAUCCCUCAAAAGUCGAUGUACUUCAACGAAAGAUACCUGAGUGUGAAAAAAGCUCUGGCUGACACUUUCUAUGGUCCUCCAAAGGAAGGAGUGUAUAGCCCGUCUGUCCAAAGCACUCUGUUUCACAUGGCAAAGACUGUUCUCAAGGGGUUUCCUGACAUAGCAGCAGUACAACUGAAAAUGCCAAAUAUCCAUUUCUUACCUGUUAAUCUCUCUAGCAAGGAUAAUACGAUUGUGAAGGUUAUGGAGUCCAAAGAAGCAACUUUCUCUUCUCAUUCUCCUUCCCUCUUCCCAACCCCAACCACCAGAUGGUGGUCGGAGGACACGGUGGCGAUAGUGACCGGAGCAAACAAGGGAAUAGGGUUUGCAGUUGUGAAGUGGAUGGCGGAGUUGGGAGUGACGGUGAUAUUAACAGCCAGAGACAAGGAAAGGGGUUGCAAGGCUGUUGAGGCGCUCAGAGCUCAAGGUCUUCAUAAUGUAGCCUUCUCUUGCCUUGAUGUCUCCGAUCCUUCUUCUAUCAAAUCUUUCACUUCAUGGUUCAAAAACAGCUAUGCGGUACUGGAUAUUCUUGUGAACAAUGCAGCUGUGUCUUUUAAUGAUAUCAAUGAAAACUCGGUGGAACAUGCCGAGACAGUGAUGAAAACCAACUUCUACGGACCCAAGUUACUGACUGAUGCCCUCUUGCCCAUGUUCCUUCAUAGCACCUCCUCCAUUGGUCGGAUACUUAACGUUAGCUCCAGACUCGGCUCACUAAAUAAGCUAAGAAACCCUAGCACAAAACAAGUUCUAGAAAGCGAAACACUGUCGGAAAAAGAUAUCGAGGGGGUGGUUAGUUUGUUUCUUGAAGACGUCAAGAGCGGCAGAUGGAAGAGCCAAGGGUGGCCUGAAGUAUGGACCGACUAUGCUGUGUCAAAGCUUGCACUCAAUUCAUACACAAGAGUUUUGGCCAAGCAAUAUGAGGGGAGGGGUAUGAGUGUGAAUAGCUUCUGUCCCGGCUUCACGCAGACAUCUAUGACUCGUUUUAAGGGCGACCACACAGCCGAUGAAGCUGCCAGUGUUUGCGUAAGGCUGGCAUUGCUUCCUCCUGAGGAGAUUCCAACGGGGAAAUUUUUUUUGUGGGUUAGUACUAGUAGUGGUAAUGUCAUACCCUCUAAAUUGUAACUGCUCGAGUCGAGUGAGUAUUACAUUAAUUUCGAGCAAUUAUAUUAAUCAGUUAUGUGUGAGUCUCCCUGCCUAAAUUUGUGUUAGAACUAAGAGACAUUACUUAUUGAGGCAUUUAGAUUUAGAUGCCAUAUAUAUUUUAUUA